AGAUAUUGUAGUCAGAAGAUAAUUUGUGCCUUCGCAAAUAAAGUCAUUCGUUCCCUUCCUUCCUUCCUUCUUUUCUUUUCUUUCUGUUCUUUCUGUUCUUUCUUUUCUUUCUUUUCUUUCUUUUCUUCCCAUGAAAUUUUACCCCUCUUCUACAAAAUUAUCGGUUUGUGCUUGACCAUGGAACUGCAACUUUCGAGAACCAACCUGCAUCCUAAUGGAUUUGUCAAAUACUGAUCGCGCGGUUGAACCAAAUGCUCCAAAAGUAACACGACAAAGGCGUUUAAAGCGCAAAAGUCUUGCAGAAUCUCCAUUACGACCGCCGAGUCCUUCUGAGAAGAGGUUAAAGCAAAAAGAGAAUACCCCGCCCUUAUAUAACAUAAAGGGCAUAUUAAGUGAACGAAAAACUGGUAAAACUACCGAAUUCCUAAUCGAUUGGGAAGACGACCCGGAAACAGGGGAAGCUUAUGAACCAAGUUGGGUAUGAGAAUCUUAUCGCAAUAUAUGCCAGAGUGCUUGAGACUGAUGAUGAGAAAUUCUAGGAACCUUAUUCGAAUGUCACAGAAGUUGCAAUUUAUGAAUGGGAAAGCAAACAAGCCAUUAACAAAUACAAGUUCCAAUUACAACACGCUUCCUCCCAAGAUAGCGGACCUACACGGCCGAGAAAACGAAGUGAAACUAAGAUACCCAGAGCCCCUGGCUUAUUAAGGAGGAGACAGGUGCGGAAUACCAAUGAAAUCGCUGGAGAAAGUGUCGGAACGAAGAACAAGACCAGGGAGAUCAGGGAUAGUUACGAGAACCAAGGCUCGAGCUCUAGCAAUGGUCUUUCAAUUGUGAUUCCUCUCAAUAGGGAAAUAAAUCCAAACGAAUAUACUGUGUUCAGGUCAUCUCAAGUGUCAAAUUACUCGAGCACUCAAGCAGAUCUACCAGCGUCUUCUCCUCUGCAAGUCCCAAAUUCCCUGGAUUCUCAAUUAUUAUUGCCACGUAGAAAAUCAGCACCGGCCUUUAUCUGGGACGAGGAUAUUGAAGCAGGUUCCCAAUAUCUAUCUGGCUCAUCUUCUUAUAACCCAUCCAUCCCGAGAAGAGCAAGGGAUUGUGAAGAAGACUCUCCCCAAUCGUUGCAUGCCGAGGUUUCGGACCGAGCCCGGAAAGGUAUUGCCCGUAGUAACCUUAGCCCAGAAGCCCUUAUUACACAACAUACCGAUACCGUCGAUACCGUAACCGUCGCGAAUGAAGAGGAGCCAGGAGGAAAUUCUAGUAAUAAUAUAAAUCAAAGAGCACCCUUUGGGGAAUCCUUCAUUCCGGACAGUUUUACAAUUGAUAAUUCACUUUCAUCAAUUAAUUUGAAUCUAGUACAGUCCGCCCCACAGGAACCCUUGACACCAAAGCCACAACAUCAACAACACUUAAGAUCGCAACCCUUGAGAUCUAACCGUAACCUUACAGACCGUACAGACUGUACAGCCAGUGAGGAACCAUCUCAAAUACCACCAGUCACAGAUCUUUCUCCGGCAUCAGAAAAUUCAAUAUCUGAUUCUCAGCAAAGCUUUGAUCAUUCAUCAGAAGAGAAAGCAGGUCCGUUUGAAUCUCUACAGCCACAAUUAUCGCUGGAGAUACCCGAUUCGUAUCUUGUGAGCGAUCCAUUCACGAAAAGGUCAGUCUAUCAUUAUCCGGUCUAAUUGUAUAGAAAAACAUCUCAUGUUAUUUCUAUCUUAUCUUCAUUGGAUUAAAGCUUACAAAACCAUUCAGCUCUCAAGCUCAAGGCGUAAACCCGCAAAGUGGUAGUCAAGAUCGUGCUUCCUCUUUGCCUAACGAUCACUCUCAUUCCAGAGCAUUGCCGUCUGAUUCUCAGCGUUCCCAGUCACUCCCUUCAUCCACGAAAAUUGACUCCAGCCCAGAAUCAACUUGGCAAGCUGCACAAAUUGUCAGCCAAAUUCCGAGAACCUCCUCUCAAGAUAGUAACCGUGAAGAUUCACAGUCACAGGCCUCUCAAGACCACGUGCAGGCUGAUAACUCCGAAGUCUCAGAAUUUACAGCCACACACCUAAAACGAUAUCUCGAAGGUCAUCAUCAUCGUCUCUCAAAUUUUGUGUCCAAAAAACAGCGCAUUAUACAUAGCCGCGAAACCCGUACUGAAAUACCUGAAACGCAGCCUUCUACGUCCGAGCCUUCCGCAGAAGCAGCUUUCCCACAAGUAUUAGCGAGUAUUGAGUCCGGCGCGCAUCUUCAAAACGCAGAAUCGUGGUCUCAGGAACCGCCAUUGUCGCAAGAUCCAUCCGGAUUAGCUUGGUCCAGCGGCGGAAGUUCACCAAUACAUUCGUCUUACCUUGUUGAGAAAAUGUCCGCAGUCGGAUCAAGUGCUCCUCAUCUUGCUGUUGGCGAGAGAAGAGCGAGAUCAACAAAAUCUAGAUCUCCAUCGAGCAUGCCUCCUCGAGUAGCAACUGCACCACCAACCAGUUCAGCCAACCACCUGUUGCCUAUGCGGGAUAGCAUUACUGAUACAUCGAGGUCACGCAACAGAGCAGUCUCGAUGCCAAGAUCUUCAAUAGAGUCUACAGACAUGAGCCCCAAUGUAUUGACUGUACGCAAAUUAGGACGAAAUGAAUUUAUUAUCCCGCUGCCAAUGAUGACACAAGUUCGUGAUGUAUAUGAUACUACAAUCAGGAAUAAGAAGAACGACAUCAUAUCGUUCUUAGGAAGGUCAUCAACAGCACCAGAUUCAGAUAGCAUGGACCUGAUGAUUGAAGAAUUAAAAUUAAUCUGUGAUCAUCAAGACUUGAUUGUGGAAGAAUCUUCAACUCAGAGCCUAGAUGACAGUGCGCAAGCUAGGUACGCUGUGACUAUCAGCACCAAGUUUCUGUUUAUUCAACAAUUUCUGGAUUCACUUCGAGCAGCUAAGGUUCAUGUGGUGAUAUUAGCACGCGAUGCAAUUCUACCUAUCCUUGAAUCACUCUUCAGAUGGCAGCAGUAUAAUUACAGUCGCCCUGACAUACCAGGGAAUCCGGGGAAGUCUGAAAAAGAUCUAAUGCGAAUCACGCUACUUCCUACAUGGAUCGAUGUUCGCGAUUGCAUUGUUGCUCCUGCUUCAGUGGUUGUAGCAUUUGACUCGUCAUUCUCAGCGUCUCAAGGAGGAGAUGAGUAUUCUGAGAUUUUACCUUUUGACCCCAGGAACCCGGAUAAGCGCGCACCUUUAUUGUGGCUUGUCAUCACAAACUCCAUUGAGCAUGUGGAACUAUGUAUCCCUACAACAUUGGAAUCAUCGGAGCGGAAAGAUAGGUUAGUCCAAUAUGUCGCUCAAACUCGAAAAUUUAUUGGUCGUUUAGAUACGAGUAUCUAUCCCGAGCCGCAACAGGCCGCCAGAGCGGCUGCAGAGUAUGUCCUUGAUGAUUCAAUUGAAGCAGAAUGGCCCAUAAUUCCAAUGCCAAACAUUGACAUUUCUUUGCCCGGUCAUGGAACUUUCAACCGCCAGCCAGCUUCACUGACACAAUCUUUAUUUUCACCGGUAGAACCAAUAUCACAAUCCGGUUUUAAGAGACCGUCUGUAAGUUCAUACCCGUUUUGCUUGCGUUACUAUCAUAAUACUUACAUAUUUCAGGAUUUCGAUGCUUUAGACGAAGAUACUGCGAUCAAGCGUCAGCGAAUGACACCUUCGAGGCCUGACUCCAAUAUCAUGAACGGUAACAUGGCGGAUCUCAAAGAGCUCAGGUCAUUACGGGCUCGAUGCGAUGACUAUGAAAGGAGCAUCAAACGAAUCCAACCAAAAUAUCAACGUGCUCUUGACGAGAAAGCCCGAUAUGAACACGAGAACGCUCAGGCUGUAAAACGUCAAUCCGAAUACGAAAAGAAGCUGGAGAUACAUGAUGGAGCGGCCACCAAACUUCGUGAAGAGAAUGCGUCAUUAAAAAAUGAGUUAGCCGUUGCGCAAAACUCUCUUGCUACAUCUGCAGUUCCUUCUAUAGCCGAACUUCAAAAGGCCAAAGAUGAUCUUCGUACUGCUCAAGCCGAAAUCGAACGUCUUAAGAAAGGUCAAGUCAGUGUAGAAAAAAGAGCCGAUUACGCGACAUCUCUAUAUCAAGAAAGCUCCCAACAAGCCCAAGAAAUGCGCAAUCAACUCACGAACCUUCAGUCUGAACGUGAGGGUCUUCAAAAGCAAGCCUCCGCCGCCCGUGUCGAGAUUCAGAAAAUAAAUAACGAUGGAAUCAUUCAGCAACAAGUAGAUACCAUCAAUGAACUCAAAAGGGAGCUCGCGGAAAGAGAACGAAUGUUAGAGAGUCUCACUAGACAACUGGAGUCAUACACCAAUGGACGCAGAACAACACGCGGCACCAGCGUUCCAAGAAGCCCAAGAAUGAGCAACAUGAGUCCGAGACCGAGAGUAUUGGGUAGCAUGGCACCGGGAAGCAACACAGCCAGUAGGGGAAAUAGUCCCGCGCCAGGGAUCUUUGGUGGUGAUUUAUUUCAGGGCGGUGAUGCCGGAAGGAGAUUCGGUGCUCAUUUGCAGUAGCGUGGAUGAUUUACUCGAGAGCUUGCAUACAUGCGUCUUUGCAGGUAAUCAAUCCUCUUUCAAUCUCGAGGAUGCAUUAUAUCGCAUCGCAUACGUGAGCUGUCGAUGAAUGGAAAUAUACUAGCUAGCUAACCAAACGAAGCUUUGUAAGAUCUUACAUGGAGAUGAUUGAUGGAUGAUGGAUGAUAGAUAGGUGAAGGAUGGAUGAAUAAAUCUACAGCAACAAUCUCGAAAUUCCAACCGAGAUGGAGAAAUAAAUAUGAGGAAGGCUUUGUCUGAAUGAAGUUAGUUGCAUAUGGCGUUUUUUGCAUGCAUAGGAAAGGAUUUUUGAUAUUUGAUAUUUGAUCUUUGUUUUUUUGUUUUAUUUACUUACUUGCGUAUUUACUUAUUGAUUGAUUGAUUAAUCAUUCAACAGGAUGGAUGAGUGGGUGGCUAUUUUAAUAUUGUUUUCAUUUUCAUGUGUGCGUAUUGCUUUUAACAUUUAUCUUUGCGUUGGAAUCUGCGUUGGAGUCUGCGUGUAAGUUUAAGUUUAAGUUUGCAUAUAUCAAUCGGUCGAUCAAUCAUAUGGUACCUAGUAACGGAUAGUAGCAAAGCAAUAGAUAGAAAGUAGCAAAGCAAUAGAUAGAUAGUAGCAAAGCAAUGAA